GUGCGUCCCGACUCCGCGCGAGCACAGUUGCCGGCGCACUCGUCGCGUUCGUUUCGUUCAAUUUUCUAAUUCAUAUCUGUUCGUACGCUAAUGAACAAUUUUUUCAUUCUAAUUACAGUUUUUACUCGGUAAUCAGCUAACGUUUAAAUAUCACGAAACAUCGCCGUAUCGAGUCAGUACGUGUUCGACAACCUUGUUCGCAGUUAGUUCGCGGCACGCUCUACAAUCAAUGACAAUAAGUUUGACCAUUCAAGUGUUGCUUAAACAUUGAACACGUUCCUUGUGAAAUAGAUUAUUCAUCUCGUAGUGUAAAUACAACGCGAUAUUGUGCAAUAGUUGUAUACUUGAAGGUUUGUAACGAUUUUCGCUUUGCGACAGUGCAUAACCUUCAAAUUGACAAACGCGCCGAAUGUUUGUAUCGUACGCGUUAUAAAUUAAUUAUUGAACACGAAUCAUUCAGACAUUUAAAUAAAAAUGGGUCUUUUGUCUGUGGGUCAACCUAUGACUUGGGAGGAGACGAAGAAGUUGUCACAGCACGUUCGUGAGCAUGGGAUAAUUCAGUUUAUUAAUUUAUACAAGCGACUGAAAGACCGGCAAGGCGACGUUUUGAAAUGGGGUGACGAAAUCGAAUACAUUCUUGUAACAUUCGACGAUAAAGAGCGCACUGCAAAGGUGUGCUUGAGGGCGCAUGAAAUUCUCAGCACACUUCAAAUCAAAGAGGAGGCUGAUCCUGAGGGUGUGAAGUCCUUGUGGCGGCCAGAAUAUGGUGCCUACAUGGUGGAAGGCACUCCAGGUCAACCAUAUGGAGGCAUGUUGGCACAUUUCAACAUUGUUGAGGCCAACAUGAGGUACAGAAGGGAGGAAGUGGAGGAGCUACUUAAAGAUGGUGAAGCUAUUCUUAGUAUAACUAGUUUUCCAAGACUUGGUUGUGAAAACUUCUCACACCCGCCAGUGAAAGCAACUCCCCAUUCGGGAGCAACGCGUUCGCUAUUUUUCCCUGAUGGCGCCAUUUUCCCCGGCCAUCCACGUUUUGCGACGCUGUCGCGCAAUAUUCGCGAGCGACGAGGUGAAAAGGUCGCCAUUAACAUACCAAUUUACCGCGACGAGCGCACGCCGAUCCCAAUUGAUGAUUCGCACAAAAAGGACAAAGCCGCACGUCCGGAUCAUAUUUAUAUGGACGCCAUGGGUUUCGGGAUGGGAUGUUGUUGUCUGCAGCUCACAUUCCAGGCGUGUAAUAUCAACGAAGCGAGAACACUGUACGAUCAACUUACUCCGCUAGCACCGAUCAUGUUGGCUUUAACUGCGGCGUCUCCGCUUCAUCGUGGGUUUGUCGCUGAUAUUGAUUGUCGUUGGAACAUUAUUGCCAGCUCGGUCGAUGAUCGCACAGAUGAGGAGCGUGGUUUACGUCCGUUACAAUCAAAUCGUUUUGUGAUUAAUAAAUCACGUUUUGAUUCGAUUGAUUCUUACCUUUCUCCAGAGGGUGAUAAAUUCAAUGAUGUUCCGCUGAUUUAUGAUGAGAAAGUUUAUAAGAAGUUACGGGAUCAUGAUAUUGAUCAUUUGCUAGCGCAGCAUAUUGCGCAUUUGUUUAUUCGUGAUUCAAUUUCAUUGUUUAGUGAGAAGGUUCAUCAAAAUGACGAACAGGAUACGGACCAUUUUGAGAAUAUUCAAUCAACGAAUUGGCAAACGCUGAGAUUUAAACCACCACCUCCGAAUUCAACGAUUGGAUGGCGUGUGGAGUUCCGGCCGUGUGAAAUUCAGAUUACGGACUUUGAGAACGCUGCGAUUGUUUGUUUUGUGGUAUUGGUGACGAGAGUUAUUCUUUCGUUCAAGUUAAACUUCCUCAUCCCUAUUAGCAAGGUGGACGAGAAUAUGAAGAAAGCACAGAAGCGAAACGCCGUACUAGCCGAACACUUUUGGUUCCGAAGGGAUGUUUCAAUGCAAACUGCCGCUACACAAAGUAGUGAACCACAGGAAGCGGCGGCAGCAAGCGCUGCUUCCACCGACGUUUAUACUCCAAUGACUGUCAACGAAAUUAUUAACGGAAAGAAUGGCGAAUUCCCUGGUUUAAUUCCAUUGAUCAACAAUUAUCUGAGUGGAAUGGAUGUAGACGCCGACACACAUUGCACAAUUCAACGAUAUUUGAAAUUCAUAUCUCGUCGUGCGUCCGGCGAGAUUUUAACCACUGCUACAUGGAUUCGACAGUUUGUCACCGGACAUCCCAACUACGAGCAAGAUUCACGAGUAACGGACGAAAUUAACUAUGAUCUCUUGAAAACCAUCAAGGGUAUUCAAUCCGGCGAGAUACCCUGCCCGGAACUACUGGGGUACAAUCCGGUGUCGAAGACCACCGAGGAUAUUCCGCCAGUCAUCGCAAAGGUGGCGGGCCACUAACGAAUUAGUACUUGUUAUUACGUUUAUACUUCUAGUUAAAAAGAUUAUUUUUAUACCUGUAUAGAGAGUAGCUGUAGGCGAGGUCCAGUGGUAACAUAUUCGUACUUACAGAUAGUUUCUUUCUGCUCGAGUGAUGUUUAUAUACUUGUUGAAUUUGUUGAUAGUUUGUUACUUAGGUUUUGAGAAGUGUUGAUACUGCGUGCUAGUUUUCCUAAUCAGUAUUUGAAGGUGUAACAAAACGUUUUAUAUUGUUAUGGGCAUUUACAGAAAAUAAGUUUCACGUUGUGAUCGUUUUAUUGCAGAAUUGCAACGUUGGUGCAGAAUCAAAAAUAUUUAAAGUUAAAAGUUUUGUGUGCUAUAAUAAAAUAAAUAUAUGUAUAUCAAUCAA